CUCAUGACGUCUCCGGUUUUCAUCUGGAUAGUGACACCCAGGUAGUGCGCGCGGAGCAAAUGAGUCACGCAGUCGCUGAUAAAGGUCCUCCGGCGGCAGACAGCGUCACCCCUCCAACCGGUGUGUUGGCCCCCACAGGCGCUACAGCGGGUAGGGAGGAGGGAGUUGGCCCCUUCCUCCUCUUAUUUCCACCUCAUCCCGCCGGACUCAUCACCCGUCCUGAUUGAUCGUCGGGUGUCUUCCCGGAGGAAGCCCUCCUGCGAGGAGCGAGGAGGACCGCGCGCGGGGGCACAGACUGCGUGGGCGAAUGAGGGAGUUCGGAUGCGGGAUUGAUGGGCACACACCUCCUGCACGCGGCAGCAGCAGCAGCAGAGGCAGCAGCAGCAGCGGCGCGCGCCGGGGUCCCCGUCCAGCAGUUCCCGCAAGCAGAGCUGCCUUCCGCCCGUGGGAAAAUGACAGUCAGGCUCGCGGUCACCCUCUUCACACUUCUUCUGCUCACCCAGGAUGCUCGUUCUGACUUACUGGAAUAUGGCGACGACGAGGAGGACCUCCACGACACCACCGUCAACCAGAUGCUGGUGCCCAGGUCGCACCAGGAGGACGCCACGCUCAUCCUCAACAACCUGCUGAGGGAGUACGACAAGACCCUGCGGCCGGACAUUGGGGAGAAACCGACCGUCAUCGACGUGGGAAUCUACGUCAACAGUAUCGGACCCGUGUCGUCCAUCGACAUGGAGUACCAGAUCGAUAUCAUCUUUGCCCAGACUUGGGUGGACACCCGUCUGCGGUAUAACAGCAGCAGCAUGCGGAUCCUGACCCUCAAUAGCAAUAUGGUCGGCCUUAUCUGGCUGCCCGACACCAUCUUUAGGAAUUCCAAGAACGCCGACUCACACUGGAUUACGACACCCAAUCAGCUGCUCCGCAUCUGGAACAACGGAAAGAUACUUUACACACUGAGGAUGACCAUCAACGCAGAAUGCCAGCUGCAGCUUCAUAAUUUCCCAAUGGACGAACACUCCUGUCCUCUCGAGUUCUCCAGCUAUGGCUACCCGCGGGAUGAGAUCAUGUACAAGUGGAAGCGAAACUCGGUGGAGACGUCGGACCAGAAAUACUGGAGGCUUUACCAGUUUGACUUCAUGGGGCUCCGGAACACGACGGACGUGCUUAGGACCACGGCAGGUGACUAUGUGCUGAUGACGGUUUACUUUGACCUGAGCAGACGGAUGGGCUACUUCACUAUCCAGACCUACAUCCCCUGUAUUCUCACCGUGGUUCUCUCCUGGGUUUCAUUCUGGAUCAAAAGCGACGCCACGCCGGCCAGGACCACGCUAGGCAUCACUACAGUGCUGACCAUGACCACCCUGAGCACAGUGGCCAGAAACUCCCUACCCAGAGUCUCCUACGUGACGGCCAUGGACCUGUUCGUCACCGUCUGCUUCCUGUUCGUCUUUGCCGCCAUGAUCGAGUACGCCAUGCUCAAUUACUACUCCUACAGUAUACGCAGACCGCCUCCCAAGAUGCAGCGAAUGGCCUACUCAUCCUUCAACAUGGGUCGCACACCUCGAGCCAUGAUGCCAAUGGGAAACUCUUUGUUCUGGCACGACUACGACGACAACUGCCUGUACGAGUGCCUGGACGGCAAAGACUGCAAGAGCUUUUUCUGCUGCUUUGAAGAGUGUAAAGAAGGCGGCUGGAGGAAAGGACGGAUCCACCUCAACAUCCAGGAGCUGGAUUCCUACUCCCGGGUGUUUUUCCCCACCUCCUUCUUGCUUUUUAACAUAGUCUACUGGGUCAGCUACCUCUACCUCUAGUCUGAUCGGGCGGCCAUCUUUGGACCCUGCUGGAGCAGCUCUCAUCGUAUCCCACCGAGACUGGAGACGUGAGGUCUCAACCAAGUAGUGGAGGAAAUUAGCUGGAUCUGCAUUAUGGGAAGUUUUUACAGACACACUUCUUCAAGGGUGAUUAUUUUGAUGGCCAGGAUUUUUAAAAAAUGGCUUUACUUCUCUGUCAGGAUGGAAAGACUGAUUUUAUAACUCUUUGAGGAAACCAAACUGUGACUUGAGAGAAGUUCGGGGACAGGGUUGCAAAGCUGAAUCUUGGACAUCGAGAUAGCCAAGCACCCAUAGUGCCUUCUCUGGAAAGGGUGCGGCAACAAAGUAUGCGGCUUCAGAGUUCCCUCCGUUUUUCUUUUCCACCUCAUCAGUCACCAUUCCGCAUGCUGAGCUGUCCAUCUACCAACGAAACCAACCUGGAUCACAGUUUUUCACAAAUGGACAUGUUUAAAGUUAUUGCUUUUAUUUUGUAGCAGCUUAGUUUUAGUUCUAUGCUAGAAUUAGUUAUUUUCCUAUGGUAACAUUUCUCUUUUCUUAUCAAGCUGGACAUGAGUUUACAGCAACACCAAUGCAUCAGUCAGCUGUUUAAUACGAGUCGGCAGCCUGUUGUUACUGAUGUUUUACGACCACGGGAUGCAGUUUACAACAUUCUUACGCAACAAAUGUAUACCAACCAAACUAAACUUACAGCCCUGGGAAUAUCAUGUAUCUUUAAAUACACAAAUAAGCUUAGCUAUAGGAGUGCUUUCAUUCAGAGCAGAUAUUUAGUUACUCUAUUAAAUAUGCUUAUUUAGAUUUUUCUACUGUCAUUUUUAAUUUCCCAGUCUCUUUGUAAAUGAAAAGUUUGACAUUUUGGGAGGUUUUUGUUUAUCAGGAGUAUGGCUAACUCUAUAAAAGCUCAACUUCUAUAUUUCCAUGUGUUUUGUUCUGGAUUUAGCUCUACUCCUGAAAGUAAUCUUCAUUUCAACACUUACACACUCCAGAAAUUCACAAAUGAGAUAAAUUACUAGAUUAGGAAAACCUUUCAUCUACAAAAGACAAUCAGAGAAUCUGGUAAUUUAUUAUAAUAUUCCUCACAUAACUUUUUGUUUCUUCUGGUAAUUUGAUUGCCUAUUUACAGUGACACAUUAUGAGUAUCUAUGGUAAAGGUAUUUUUUUCUGUGCGAUGGUUGUGAACUUCAAUGUCUAGAACGAAGGUGAAGAUAAUAUUUUUGCCACGUUUUAUGGGAACUGUGUGCCACGUGAACUGUGAUUAAACUUGAACUUUUAAAGAAAAGUAUUAGGCUACUUACUACCAUUUGGACCAAGGUUUAGACAUUAGAUUUAGUAACUAUCUCUGACUGAGCCUGAUUGAGCAUUAGCAAACCUUUUAGCUGAACCUUAAAGACGUUUUACCGAAGCUAACCAAACAGCUAACUUCACACAAAUGGUCAGAACUCUAUGAAGUAAAAUUGGAAUAAACGUAGUAGUCUUUAGCACCAGGUGAGGGGAACUUUGAGUGAAAAGUUAAAAUUAAUACCCAUUUGAUUUACUAAACAAUCUGUGCCUCGAAAAAGUGUCUGCUGCAUCGUUGAUUUCUUCAGUUUAUGCUUUUUAUACUAUUUUUUUAGAUCUAUCUAAAUAGAACCUAUUUUGCAACAUUAAGUUGAAAAAGCCACCAAUUAUUCUCCUACCUAAAGAUAUGAAAGAACGGAGAAGAUAAUUGACAUUUAUUCAUCUGUGAAGGGUUAAAAAACUAUUGAGAUGACUUAAGAUCUCGUGGUACAGAGGAUAAUGUCUAAAGCCCUGCAGGCUUUCCUUGCCUCAGGUAAAGUCAGCAUCUAUGAUCUAACAAUAUUUGAGAAUCUGAAGGAAAUCUGAAGUAGGUCAAACUACUACUAACCCAAAAGGAAAAGACGAUCCACUAAAUGGUCGUUUUUUGGGGAAAUUGUUCUGACUGACAAAAUGUCCUAACAGCUGUGCCUCUCAUUGCAUAAAAAACACAACCUACCCUUAAACAUGUUGGUGGCAGUGUGAAGGUCUUUGCUGCUCCAGGAACCGGGCCUCGACUGGAACCAUGGACUUCGAUCCCCUCCAGAACCUUCAAAGAAGAAUGCAGAAACAUCAACUCAUAACUUCAGGCUUAAGCACAUUUAGGUUUGUCAAAAAGAAAAGUAAAAACGUUUUUACAUUACAUUUCUUCACAGUAAUGUAAGACACUCACAAAUAACACUCUUCCGUUAUGAAGGGGUUGAAAGACAACAGCUAGCAGCAAGAAUUAGAUUUUAAAUCCCUAAAAUAACACGUCAGAUUGGGCCAUGGGUUCACUGAGAUAGUAGUAGAUAAACGCUUUCUGAUGGUGCCGUUUGCUUCCCAGCAACUUCUUCAGCCACAUAAAUAGCUUUGUGUAAUGGUUGCGUGCACCGGAUGCAUUUCUCAAGUAAAUAAAAUUAGCAAGGAAUGAAGAAACAAAUUUAUGACAACCAAAUCUGAUUCCUGGUGCUGAAAAUAGAAGCUCGUAGUGAAAAUCCGGACAUUUAGACAAUAUAAAAACCCUGUUCUGUGUAUGUACCAACGUAUCAAGUAAGCAACAUUUAACAACAGUGUACCUACUGAUGCCUCCUUCCAGCAAAAUCAAACAAAGCUCCGUUCUUCAAGAUAAAAUUAAAUUACUGCACUCCUAUUUCCAUCAAGGACCUCAUACCAAAAAAUAUCCAUCUAAUAAAAAUCAACCAAAAUCUCAGGAAAGUUUUCAAACUCCUUGUUGAAUCUGUGCCACAAAUGAUUAACCAGUUCAAUCCAUACUAGCAGGGUGUACCUAAUACAGUGGCCAGUGAGUGUAGGUGUCUAAUAUUGCCCAUGUGUGAUACAAGAGACCCCAAGAGCCCUUGGAGUCCCUCAGAGGCAGCGGUGGUUUUGACAAAUGUCACUCUUAGACGCCGCAAGAAUGAGAAUGACUUUAUGCAGCUUAACCUUUGCCACCGAAAUAUUACACUGGUUUUCUUCUCCAAACCUCAGCAGCAACACAGAUCUCCCCGACAAAAUGUCAAACUAUUUAUUUAAAAAGCCCGUAAGCUGCCGUUGCGCCUGCAAACGGUGGGAACUGACUUUGAAGGACGAUAACAGUCGUCCAUCCCAACACAAAUGCAAACGCGGGAGACCCUGUGCUGCUCGAGUUCACCAAUUUGAAAUGAUUAGCUGCCAUAUGUUGUGAUGCUCCACGUUCACAUGGUGCACAGGGCAGAGCUGGAAAUGGAUGAUACGGGAUGUUUGCUGAUGGCUCUUGAUGGAGUCUCUCCGUUCCCUCCUCAAACAGAUAAAACCCGCCGCCAUAUGUUUGUGUGUGGACCCAAACGUUCAGGCAAACAAGCGGACGGUGCCAGCGUGAUCUGGAAUCUGUCUUUGGUUUUUGUUGACUGUUCUAUGGCGUUUCUUGCGGUUUUUUGGCUUCGUAGAACAAUCAACCCGUCUUUUCUGUCCUCCUUCCCGCACCGACACACUCUCCCCGGUAUCCGAAGCUUUUCUGUGAGAUGUAUCUAAUUAAUGUUUCUAUUUUCAUACAGUUAUGGAAUGUAUGUUAGGCCAGUAGCAAGGCUGGAGUCGGUCUGGUUACAGUUCAGUCAGUUCGUGCCGCGUAAAUUAGUCUAUUUUUAGUGGGGCUUGCAUAUUCAUAAAGCCUCCAUACCCAUUUGUGUCCUGUCCAGAGACUUGUAAUGGAAAAUAAACCCGCUUUGAGUGUUGCUAGAUGAACAGCAGAGGGGCUGUUACGCUGUGGGCCAUUACUAUUCUGCUGAUUUACAGAUUAACUCAUGAGACAGUGGCAUUUCAUUAGUAUUCAGCAUAUUCAUCUCCUUAGAACUGACUGAACUAGCCAGAGCUUGGCCAACACCGCAGUAAACUCUCCUCACCUCUGGUAUUUCUACUACACUUUAUAAGUGUCUUAGUCUGUUGAGAUACUUCAAUAAAACAAAAAAGAAAUCACUAUUUUCUACGUCUCAAUGGACAUCACCUUGUCUGUAUCAAGCGGCAGGAACCUGUGUUUGUAAAAGCUCUGUGGAGUCUGAGCGCUAAUCCAAGAUCAGCCCUGGUGAGCUUAAUGAAGUCGCUGGAGCGGCCGCCUUUUCCACCAGACCUCGUCACCCCCAUUAAGGUCUGCUUGUGUCAAAGCUGCAGAGUCGGUCCCAUCGAGGCGGCAGAAAAUCAUGUAUUACUGUUUUGUUUUUUUGUUUUUUUUUUCCCCCUCUCCCACAAAGCAAUUUGCUCGUGAUCGUCAGGGAGACGGCUGGAGGGCGGGGCAGGGAGCGAAACGCCAAUGAGCCACACUGGUCUUGGAUCAGCCCUCCCAGAGGAAGCUUUUAUGAAAAUGGGAUCUUGGGUGAAAUUAAGCAUCUUUUCUAUUGUGUAGUAUCUUGCUUAUAUAAAUAAAUAAUGUUUUGGUCAA